AAAUCAAAUAUGAGAGGACUCAAAUGUUACUUUAACCAAUAAAAAGGGUGAAAGGAAACGUCGGGUAGAGAAGUUAUAGCUGUUGGACCUCGAAAGAUUGAGAGAUGAUGGACAGAGUAUUCUCCGUCGACGGAAUCCCCAACCAAUUCUGGCCAUCGCCGGAGGAAUCAUCGAGGUUGAACCGGAGCGCAUCCGAGUGGUCUUUCCGGAGAUUUCUUCAAGAAGCUGCCUCCGUAUCGGAUUCCUCCAUUUCUCCGCCUCCGGCGUCGCCUUCCGCGGCAGAAAUCCGAUCAAACGCCAUUGAAAUUAAGGAAACUGGAGAAAAUUUGAAGCAGAGUUGGGAGAAACAGAGUAAUCGGAAAGGCGGAUUUGAGAAGGAAAGGAAGAAAAGUAGCGGCGAUGAUUCCGAUGAGUAUCAGGCGUUUCUGAAAAGUAAGCUGAAUCUGGCGUGUGCGGCUGUGGCUUUGUGUCGGGGAUCUUUUAUGAAGACUCAAGAUUCUUGUGCAAGUUCCACUUUAGCUCAAAGUGAGUCUCAAGCCAGUGCCUCACACUUGCCAUCACAAUUCCCUCCAAAAGGAAUUUCUUUCUCACCUUCUGUGCCAAAAAAGGCUGGAAUUCUGGUCAGCUCAGCAAAUAUAUCAUCAUCAAGAGAGCAGACUGAUGAAGAUGAUGAUGCUGAAGGAGAAAAUGAUAUGAAUGAGCAAAUGGAUCCUGCAUCUGCUAAACGUGUUAGAAGAAUGCUUUCUAAUAGAGAAUCAGCUAGACGCUCGAGAAAGAGAAAGCAAGCACAUUUGACAGAGCUCGAGACACAGGUUGCUGAAUUAAGAGUUGAAAAUUCAACAUUGCUAAAGCGUUUCGGUGAUAUAAGCCAAAAGUACAAUGAAGCAGCUGUUAAUAACAGAGUUCUGAAAGCUGACCUUGAAACUUUGAGAGCAAAGGUACAGAUGGCUGAAGAAGCUGUAAAGCGAAUCACUGGUACGAAAUCUAUGUUCCAUGCCAUGUCGGACGUAUCCUCAAUUAGCAUGCAAUCCUUUGAAGGAAGCCCCUCAGAGGUAUCAACAGAUGCACCUAACAACCAUAUUGCCGACAUUUCUUCUGCAAAUAUUCAGAAGAAUUCUCCGGACAUGGCAACUGCGUCAAGGAACAAGAUGGCACGAACAGCUUCCUUGCAGCGAGUGGCGAGCUUGGAGCAUCUUCAGAAGCGCAUCCGGGGGAGUUCAAGCGCCUGUCAUCCAUCAGGAAAGGGAGAUCAGCAGCAACAGUUGUGACGAUAUUGUUCCAAGUGUAUGAAAGAGACACUGUAAUAUUCUUUACAUGAACAGCUUUCCAAUUUUAAAUGAAACAUACUUUAGUAUGAGAUGGCAUUCAAAGAAUGGUUUACUAGUUUUCUAAGCACUUUGGCACAGUGUUUCCCACAAAAAUACUUUCAAAUGUUUAGGAUUCUUUAAGUCGCUUUAGACAACAUAAAAUAAAAGUGUUCUUUUUA